UGAAGUCACAUGACCGCCGCCAUUUGAAGACCAGUCGUGACUUCACUUGGUUGGAACUUGAUAUGAAUACUAUUUAGUUAAAUUCACCAGAAAACUCAACAAUGCCAAUCGAAAGUAAAACUACAGCACGUGGUCCCGGUCGAUGCCUUUUAUGUGCUGUGUUUCUACUGGGAUUCAUAGCAGUAGCCGGGCUGGCUGUUUCAAUUGUGACGUUAGCGAAACAAAUGAAGGAUAAAGAUAAUGACGUCACGCCCUCUGCUGUGACGUUGAAUCAGGGCCAACAUAUGAUGGCGUCACCAGCGUCUACCAUACCUGUUCCAGAUCCAAGAACAGAAGCCGUGGUGGCAUGUUACCCAGAGAGGAAUUACAAUCGAUCUGAAUGUGAAAAGAAAGGUUGUAAAUGGUUGGUUUCAAAUCACGCACGCGUUCCGUCUUGUGUGUUUGACAAUACUGCUGGCUACGUGAUAGACCAUAACUACACACAUUCAGCAUCCGAGCAUUCGUUCAUCCUUAAAAGAGCGGGAAUAGCGAGUAUGUACGGAAUGGAAGUUCGUCAACAAAUCAAGGUUACGGUGACAAUGAAUGGUGAUAAUAUGUUAAGAAUACAUUUUGCUGCAAACAACUCAUGGGAAAUACCUGACGAGGCUCUGUCUAUGAAUACACCGACCGGAAGUGGUAUCAAACAAUAUGAUGUCAAAUUCGUGACGUCACCAAUCUUCGGAGUUGUUGUCACCCGAAAAUCGACUAAGGCCGUAAUAUUCGACACGUCCGUCCCUGGUCUCAUCUUUACUGAUCAAUUCGUACAAAUUUCGACACGUCUUCCGUCCGAAAACCUUUACGGGUUCGGCGAACACCAACAUAGACGGUUUAAACAUGACAUGAACUGGAGAACGUGGCCAAUCUUUACCAGGGACGUAGCACCUGUGGAUGAGGGAAUAAACAUGUAUGGUGCUCAUCCAGUUUACAUGAAUCUAGAAGAGGACAGUAAAGCUACAAUGGUUUUCCUUAAAAACAGUCACGGAAUGGAUGUGGUGCUUCAGCCGGACCCAUUCCCUGCUAUCACUUACAAGGUUCUUGGUGGGAGUCUCGACUUCUACUUGUUCCUGGGUCCGUCACCUCAACAGGCCGUCCAGCAGUACACAGAGGCUAUUGGUAGACCAAUGAUGCCACCUUACUGGUCAUUAGGCUUCCACUUAUGUAGGUGGGGCUAUCAAAAUGUCAGCGAGGUCGAGAACGUCGUCAAUAGGAAUAUACUGGCUGGCAUUCCUCAGGAUGUACAGUGGGGUGACAUCGACUUCAUGUACAAGAAAUUUGUAUUUACUGUGGACAAGCAAACGUUCAAAGGCCUUCCCGAGUUUGUAGACUAUCUCCAUAGCAUUGGGAAGAAGUAUGUCAUCAUAGCGGAUCCUGGGAUAGGAAAUGACCCUAAGAUAGUCGCUGAUGCAUCUGUCAACAGUCCAGGUUAUAGCAUGUACGAGGACGGAAGGAAAGCAAAUAUAUACGUCAAGAAGUAUGAUGGCCAAACAGAUUUCGAAGGAGAGGUAUGGCCAGGCCGAACAGUGUUUCCAGAUUUUACACAUCCUAACACCUCAACCUGGUAUGCCAGAUGGAUCGAUUAUUUCCGUAACAAAGAAAACGUCUCGUUCGAUGGGCUAUGGAUAGACAUGAAUGAACCUGCUAGUUUCAGCUUUGAUGAUGAGAAUCUUCCACCAAGUAUGGGAUGCCGGAAAAACAAAUGGAACAAUCCACCAUUCAUGCCACAUAUUUUAGAAGGAGAUACUGGGGACCUGUACAGAAAGACCGUAUGUAUGGACGCAAAGCAACACUGGGGUGACCACUACAAAGUCCACAGCUUGUACGGUCACUCACACGCUUUGGCUACCUAUGCUGCCCUAAAGAAGGUGAUGCCGAGCAAACGUCCCUUUAUAGUAACAAGGUCAUCUUUUCCUGGAACAUCUCAAUAUUCUGCUCAUUGGUUAGGUGACAACCAGAGUCAGUGGAGACAGCUGCCUUGGUCUAUUGUUGGCAUGCUGGAGUUCAGUAUGUUUGGAUUCUCAAUGAUUGGUGCUGACAUAUGUGGAUUCUACUUUGAAACAAAUUAUGAGCUGUGCCUUCGCUGGAUGCAAGUAGGGGCGUUCUAUCCGUUCUCUCGAAACCACAACGCUCGAACAGGAGAUGACGGCCAUUUCUUCCGUGAUCAAGACCCUGCCUCGUGGGACGAAGCGUUUGUGGGGAUCACACGUCAUAUCCUGUUAAUACGCUACAAGUUGCUACCAUACUACUACACACUGUUCCAUGAAGCACAUAUCAACGGCAAAACUGUGGCCCGACCACUCAUGUUCGAGUUUCCGGAAGACGAGAAUACCUGGAAUAUUGACCGACAAUUCCUCAUUGGGCCAGCUUUUAUGGUGUCUCCCGUACUGGAGCAGAACAAAACAACCGUCGAUGGCUACUUUCCUAAAGGAAGAUGGUUCUCCUACUACGAUGGAGAGGAAGUAGGUCACUCAGGCGCAAUCAACACACUCGAUGCCCCUCUCAGCAUUAUUAAUUUACACCUGCGAGGUGGACAUAUCAUACCUGUGCAGGAACCGUCCAACUCUACUGUAUACAGUAGACAACGCGACUUUGGUUUGGCUGUUAAUUUUGAUGCCGAAUUCCGUGCCGAUGGACAUCUGUUUUGGGACGACGGAGAAUCUCCAGAUACAUUCAAUCGUGGAAACUAUCUUAUGGUACAUUUCAACGCUACCAAGGGAGAAAGACUUAGCAUAACAGUAAUACACGAUGGAUACCCUGAAGCUCGCUCACUGAAAGUUGGUAUGAUAGAACUGUAUGGCUUUAUAUCCUUACCCGGAGAAGUUUACGUAGACGGAAAAAGACUUCGUACAAAUCAAGUCCGGUUCAAGUUUCACAUUGUCCAGAUCGUCGAUCUCAACAUCACACUUGCGUCAAAUCACACGUUAACAUGGACUGUGUACUAAUCCGACUGAUUGGGCAGGUCAAAUUGGAUCGAGUCUAAAAUAAAGUUAAGCGUCGAAAAAAAAAAAAGAUCUUUUUCAGGAAAUAAAUGUCUUCUUAUAGUGUCGUGAAUUAAUAUUGCGCAUUAAAUACUAUUUUCGAUUAUUACCAUGGUUGAGAAAGGCCAGGAUAAACAUUUUGGCAAUAACAACAAUACAUGUUUCAAUCGCUACCACGUCACUGUCGCCGUAUGUUUAAUACUGAGUGACAAUUUCUAAUACGCUGUAUCAUCUUUGCCAUUUGUGGCAAAAAUGCUCAUGUUUUACAGACUAAAGGAAAUUUCUAUAUUAAUCUGAUGUAACUAUAUACUUAUAAUAUUAAUAGAUGUUACGUUCGUAUUAGUAUUACACCUGUAAUCUGGAGAAUAUAUCUCACACCGGGAAAAUAACUUGCCCUUCCAUAGAGAAAACAAAGAAUUUCAACAAGGAUUACAUUGCUAAAGGUUGACAUUUCCUUAAUUGUAUUUGGACAUUUAUCGUAUAUGUAGAUAUGGCGAGAAAUAACUGCUGUUGGUACACACGCAAAAGGUAUAUUAAGAAAGAACGUAAUACCCAUACUUCUUUCGUGCUUCUUUAUAUUUUCAUCCAUGCAUAUGUUAUAAGGGAAAAGAAUGGAAUGGUAAAAUGAAAAAAACAAUAAAAAAUAUUUUUUAUGUUGCAU